AUGGGCUCGACAACGGGCAUCCGCGCCGAAGCGCCUGUAGUCGCCCUUGGUAAUGGAGACUCUGCUCUCCUGGAAAAGCAGGACACCCCCGAAACAACGCAUUGCAGUCUUUUUAGUACCCAGCUCGACGUGAUCGCCCAUGCCCCCAGCAUUCAGUCAUUGAAGUCCACAUACCCCACCCUCGAUCUUCUUCUAAGGACCGAUAUGCCCAGUGGAUUGUGGUGGCUGCAUGUUACAUCGCCAACCGACGGGGAUAUCGAGUCGUUAUCGCGCAUGCUUGAUAUCCACCCGCUGACUACCGAGGAUAUCAAGAUCCGCGAGCCUCGUGAGAAAACCGAGCUCUUCGGUCCCUAUUAUUUCGUCUCCUUGCGCCCGCCAAAGCAGCUUGAGGCAGGUGUCCGGGCAUCGUCGCUUAGUGUUUACGCCAUUGUCUUUCGCGGAGGCAUACUGAGCUUCUCCUUUGAUGACAGCCAACACACACAAAAUGUGCUGGGUCGCAUUAAAGAGCAACGAAGCCACUUUCCUUUGACCAGUGACUGGAUCUGCUAUGCCUUAAUCGACGAUAUUGUAGACGGCUUUGCCCCCUUCAUAAACCGCAUCCAAGCUGGCUUGGAAGUCAUGGAGGACAGCGUGUCAGUCACACGGCCCGACGACAUUGGUCUGGCCCUCCAGAGCAUCUUCAAAUCUCGCAAAGAGGUCAUUCGCAUCCGCCAACUUUUACACGAGAAGACCGAUGCCAUUCAGUGCUUUGCUCGUCACUGUGGAACCUUUGGGGCUGCGCCUACUGAAGUUGGAGUCCACUUGAGUGAUAUCCAGGACCACAUCUUGACCAUGUUAUCAAACUUGGCAAAUGCGGAGCAGAUGCUGUCACGCUUGCAAUCCAAGUACCUGGCCCAGAUAUCAUUUGAUUCCACGCGCAUCCGCAACGAGAUCGCGGCCGCCCUAAGCCGACUGACGGUUGUCGGGGUUGUCGUGGUCAUGAUGCAGGUCAUAACCGGUCUUUUUGGAAUGAACAUAGAAGUUCCUGGACAAUAUGUGAAACACCUGGCUUGGUGGCCUAGUAUUUUGGGGCUUAUUCUCGGUCUUCUAGUGUUGCUGUUUAUUGUUGCGAAAAGAAUUAAUGCGAUAUAA